AUGACUAAUAUCACCACAAAGGGUCUCCUGGCUGUCCCCUUCGUGCUCAACUCACAGCCAGCCGUUGACUAUGACGAUGCCAAAACCCAAAGCCUCGACACCAUGGCGAGAUCAGCACGUCAGAGAUAUGCGGAGAUCUUUCGAGAUGUUGAAGAUCUAAUCAUUGAUGAGAUCAACCAUCAGGCUUCCCCGAACACCAAAUCUAAGCUCAAUAUGUUAGUACCGACCAUCUCAGCAUUCUUCACACCACUCGCGCUGGAAGAUGCAUUUUAUCACCAGGACUCGAUACGAGCCAUCUCUUCUCGGCGGUUUGUGGCCCCCUCAUUCAACGACAUCAGGCUCAUCCUCAAUACCGCACAAAUCAUGGCUAUGAUGCGGCCCAAGCUAUACCGCUCACUCAAUGUGAAGCUUUCUCCUGGCUUGGAGUUGCUGACAUUCGAUGGUGAUGUAACGCUGUACGAGGAUGGCGCAUCUCUCCACUCACCAGAAGCUAACCCCGUCAUUUAUCGACUGCUGCAUUUCCUCGCCCAUGAUGUCCGCAUCGGGAUCGUCACGGCAGCAGGAUACACUCAACCAGAACGUUAUUUCGAUCGCUUGUCUGGGCUGCUGGUGGCCGUGAAACAGUCUACCACACUGACACCUAAGCAAAAAUCUAACCUCAUCAUAAUGGGUGGAGAAUCGAAUUUUCUUUUGGUAUUCGACGAGAAGGCAGAGCAUUGUCUACGAUAUGUACAUCGACGAGAAUGGGUGAUUGACGCCAUGAGGGAUUGGUCCGAGACUUCUAUGCAGUCACUCUUGGACGUAGCGGAAGCCGCCUUCCAUUCGUGCAUUCGAACCCUACACCUACAAGCCAAGGUCCUCCGAAAAGAAAAGGCGGUCGGGAUCUACGCCGCAGAUCAGUCUCAAAAGCUCACCCGAGAACAACUGGAAGAAACUGUCUUGGUGGUGCAGCAAGUAGUCGAGUCUACGAUAAGUGCAUCCAGUACUGGCGAACCAGCUCCGCACGCCAGCAUUCCAUUUACGGUGUUCAAUGGCGGAGCGGAUGUCUUUUGUGACAUCGGAGACAAAUCAUUGGGGGUUCAAGCAUGCCAGAAAUGGUUUGGAGGCAUCCUGCCAUCUCGGACACUGCACGUAGGCGACCAGUUCUUGAGCGGAGGAGGAAAUGAUUUCAAAGCACGUAGUGCUUGUUGUUGUGCCUGGAUCGCCAGUCCUGCGGAGACGGUGUCGUUAUUGGAUGAGAUGAUAGCAUUGCAAGCGAAGGUAUCGUAA